UAGUAAGAAAACAGUGGAAGAGAAGGCAGGAAGGGAGUCAGCCUCGCCUCAUUCCGGCACCUGCAGCAAGCAACACAGUGCCAACCAGCAGUGCCAGCAUGAUGCCAGGGCCACUCCUUCUCCUGACCCUCGUGGCGCUGUGCUCGGCAGCACCGAAAGACCCUCAUAUUAUUGCACUGGAUGAAAAAUCAACCUAUCUCGAAGCUGAUAUCCUGCCAGACAAGGCACAGGUACAGAACAAGAUGGCAGUGAGGGACAACCACAGACUCUGGCCUGGGGGUCGCCUGCUGUACCAACUGGACUUUGACACAGAGAGCAACCGCUAUGUGAAGGACUUGAUUCUCUCCGCGGUGGAUGAGAUCAAUGCGGAACGUUGUGUCACCCUCACCACUGCCUCCAGCUCGGAUGUCGACCACGUGUCCAUCCGACUCGGCGGUGACUACUCCUCCCACAUGGGCCGGCAGGGGGGUGCCCAAAACCUUACGGUGGUGGCCGAGACCAUCCAUAGGGGGUCAGUCAUGCACGAACUGAUGCACGCUCUGGGGUUUGGCCACGAGCACAACAGACCAGACCGAGAUGACUAUGUGGUGAUUGACUUUAGCAACAUACAUGACACAGCCAAACCUUACUUCAAAAAAUACACGAGCCAGGACCCAGUGAAGGAUGAGCAGCUUGCCUAUGACUACAUGAGCCUCAUGCACGCCACUGACAUGUAUGACGACAGAGUGAACAUUGACACCUCCAAGCCCGUCAUCUGGAGGAAGGAUGGCGGCCAGGACUUAGGGCAGAGGAGCAUGCUGACCCCACUAGACAAACAGAGGCUGCGGAAGAUCUACAGCUGUGAAGUGUGCAAGAAUGAAGCAGCCAGUGAGCAUCCAUUGUCUUCUGUCUUAUACAACCGGCUCUUCAGGUACCCAGGUGACUGUUCCAAGUACAUUUCCUGCUCCAACACCUCCCCUUAUGUUAUGAACUGUCCUGCCGGCCUCCACUUCAGCCUGGACUUGAACCGCUGUGAAUACCCCAUCACUGCCAACUGCACCAGCCUCACCAAUGUGUAGCCUGAGUGCCUGACUCCUCACUCUUGGGUCUCACUACUCCUCACUUAUAGAUAUUACUUGGGUGUUUUGUUUUCUUGUUUUUAUUUUGGUCUUUAUUGUUAAAUGUUUAUGAUUUAUCUUUAAAUUUUUACUAUUCUGGAUCUGUAAAUCUUUACUGUCUCUAAACAUUUACUAUUUCUGACUCAUAAAUUAUUCUAGUUUUUUUUUUUUUUGUUCUUUAUUGCUAAAUGUUUAUUACUUAUCUUUAAACAUUUACUGUCUAUCUCUAAAUGUUUGCUAUCUCUAAACAUUUACUCUUCCUGACCCAUAAAUUACUCUAGGGUGUUUUAUUUUGUCUCUUUCUUUUUUUAUUCUUUAUCAUAACAUUUACUGAUUUAACACACACACAAAAAAAAAAACUAGCUUAAUAUUGUUCCCUUUAUUGUUACAUUUCUCCAUUCCUAACUCAUAAAUUGCUCUAAGGUAUUUUAUUCUUUAUUUUAUUUUUUAAUACUGUAUCUCUUAACAUUUACUAGUGUUCAUGCAGGAAAUAAAUUGCUUAGCUUGCUCCUUUCACUGUUAUAUCUGACUGUUCCUGACUUAUAAAUCACUGUAGGAUAUCUUCUUUUUCUUUUCUUUUUUUUGUUUUUUGUUCUGAAUCUAAACAUUUAUUAUUUUUUAUGUAAGAGUUUCAAUGCUGGAUUAUUAUUUUUUUUCAUCUUUUAUCUUCUUAUCUUUCUUCUGUUAAUGGUAAUGGAGAUUUCUUGUGUUCUUAUUUAUUUUUUUUCUAAACUCAUUUUAUUGUUGUGGUUUGUUACAUAUUACUGAAUGGAUGGUUUUGGUGGCAGUCAGUCAGUCAGUCAAUAAGUCAUUCAUUCAGGAAGUCAGUCAGUAGCUCAGUCAGUCAGUCAAUCAUUUAUUUAAUCAUUCAGUCAGUCAGUCAGUCAGUCUUUAUCUCCUCGGCCUUGUAAUCUUGUGUUCUCUAUCUUUUUAUCUCCUUAGCCUUUGUGUUCUUGUGUUCUCUAUCACAGUUUACCAUUCUCUCAGUCAGUCAGUCAGUGAAUCCUUAUCUCCUCAGCCCUGUGUUCUAAAGAGGGUUUUAUUUUUAUUUCUACUUCUAUUUUCUAUGCAAGUUUGACAAUGAGUAAUUUAAGUAACAGUGUAGCAGUAAAUAGAUUAAUAAGAAUCCUUGUGGCUUUGCUGUUUUCAUCUUAUCAUCUUCCUCUGUUCUCACUUUAUGUUCUCAUGUUCUGCUUUCUUCUGUUCUGUUUUUCUUGCAUUUUCGAUCUUAUUCUUUUCUUGUUAAGUUCUGCUUUAUCUUGUUCUGAUAUUGUGUUCGGUUGUUCUUCUCAAGUUAUACGUCAAGGUAUGUUAUAUCUUGCUUUUGUCUUCUUGUCUUCUCUUGUUAUUAUGUUCUUCUCAUAUCUCUUGUUCUUCUAUUUUUUUUCCUUUUCUCCUCUUUAUCCCAUGUUCUUUCGUUCAUCUCUUUUUUUUUGUGUUCCUUCUCUCUCUCUCUCUCUCUCUCUCUCUCUCUCUAGGGGUUACAAACAGUUAGAGUAGUUUUUUUUAAUUAUAGUGAAGAUGUGUGCUUUUUUGGGCAUUUUAUUUUACUUAUCAUGUAUAUCUUAUUUUCUUUAUUUUACCUACUAUUUACAUCUGAAAUAAAGUUUUAUGUUUAUCUA